ACCUCCCGCGUCUGUUCCAAUUCCAAUGGAACCCAAGAAAUUACGACGUGAAGAAAAUCCAGUCCGUUUGUGUUCUACUUAUGCAAACCCUAGGAGGUCUGAAACUAGCAAGUCUAAUUAUCGGCGUAGAGAUUCAAGAGAUGAGGGUGUCCGGCAUAGGUCUCAUCCUUUAGACUUGGGCAAAUUUCCUUCCUGGGAUUUCCCUGUUACUGUUGGCGGCAAAAAAAUUCGUUAUGUUGAUAUCCAUAGUCCGGAUGAUAAGCACGUUAUUGGUCUACCCCUUGGAUUGGAUGUUCCUAAAGUGAUUGCUGACAACUACAAAGGCUUGUUGCGUAUGGUGAGUGGCAUGAGAAAUAUCAUUACUGACACAAUUCAAGAAACAGCCCGAUACAAGAACGUUGCUGCUCUCCGUUCGGGCGAAGUGAACUACUACCGUCGAGAAUAUAGCAAAUUGUUGUCUGCGGUGGGUGGUGGUAAACUUGAAGAUGUGCUUUCAUCAGGACCCAAGACUGUGUCUGCCGCUACCCUACUGGCCCAGGAAUCCUAUACAAAAGAGAAUGAGAACGACAGACCCCUAGAUAUUGGGAAGGCCUCACAAGGCAAGGGUGUUGUGGACAUAAGAAAUCUGUCAUCAUCUCCUGAAGUGGAAACUACGUUAAUUGACUCACUUGAAUCGGGUGAAAUUACUGAUGAACCUAUGGAGGUUACAAGUAAGACGUCCUCGUCUGACUGCCUGACUCCUGACUCCACUGCGUUAACUGUUGAUACGAUGGAAGGGUUUGAAUUAUUGGUCAACUGCAAGCUCCCAGUAGAGUAUGCAAAUUUGUAUAAGCAGAUACAUGAAAAGUAUGGGCAUAUGGCGACUAAAAAAGUCGUCAAGUUCAAUGAUGAUAUCUUACUCACAUGCGUGACUAGCUUAUUGAAGAUCAUCUCGUCGAUGGAAACUGUGCGGGGUGUGGAGUUGAGUGAAGCAUUGCUGGAGACAUGGGAUGGACAUAUCAAAGAUGCAGAGGCCUUGCAGUUCAAUGUUAAAUGGCUUCGUGAAAGAUUUAAUCUACUUGAGAACCAUUGGAAAUCUUCAUUCGUGAUAGAUAAAGAUGUUGAAAGCCAUGUACAAGUAUUGGAUGCAAUGCAGGUUAAUUAUGUUGGCCUCUGGACAAGAAAAGACAAACUGGAUGUUGAAUUUUCCGACGUAAGGAUUCAGAUAAAGAAAGCUGAAGCGAUGAUUUCAUCUGAACGGGAAGCUAUUCAUGAUAAUCUAGCUCGGAAAUUCAUUUUUUACGAUGAACUUGUUCUAGGAAAAUUUCUAAGUUGAAAAAAUGUACUUCCUGGCUGGGUAUAAAAAAUUGUGUACAUCAAAUAUGCAUGGAAUGGUUUCAGUAAAAUGUAUGAAUAGUUUUUCUUUUUUGCUGUGUAAUUUGUUCCUUUCAUGGUAA